AUGCGUGAUCUCGCAAUUCCCAAAGCUGAUUGGCCACGAGCUAUCACCGACAAUGUUGAUGCUAAGAUAUUCGUUUUUCCACUCUAUCGUUUCCAGUUGCAGGUUCUGGACAGAGCUUGUCUUCUCUUCAACGCUGGAUCUGAAGAAAUUGUGGUGUGGAGAUGGAAGAUGAGCUGGCUAUGGUGGUGGGUGCUGAGAAAGAAUAAGAAGAAGAGAGGAGGAGAAGGAGACAUAGACACAGAGGAAUAA